CAAGCCAUGCAUUUCAAUGCUGCAAUUGAAACCUUCAGCAAUAGCGUCACUUUCCAUGCUACUAGAACUGGCAUAACGAUCAUAGUUUUUAUAACAUUUAUGAUGUUUUGGGGAUGUAGCUUUUCGUUCCGCUAUAUCACAUAUUGUGCAGUAUUUAUUUCGUAUGCCGAUAAACAGAACUUUUCCUGUGCGGAAACCUACAAUGGCACCAACACCGGAAAGUGAAUUAUAAUUCGUACCAUACGAUCUCUUCAUCCAGCUACCAUCCGCUAUGACAGUUAUGUACGGGAUACCGUCGACGACUUCAUUGUUUUCAGAAGCUAAUCGUCUUUCUUCUUCACCUGCUGCCUGCAUGAUAUACAUUGCGCUUUUCAUAAACUCAUCUACAAGUUUUUCACGGAACCUGCGGUACGUCGUUUCAGCCAUGCAGGGCAUGUUCAGGGCGGCGCAUAAUUCUUCUAAUUGUGCAUAGCCGAUUUCGACUGUAACAGUCGCGGUCGUCAUGGCCUCAUUUACAUUCAUUAUAUCUGAAUGCAUAGGUUCCGACCAAAGAAUAUCUUUGUAAUUGCACAUUUGGCACUUGAAGAAAAACUGUGUCAGACACCCAUGCUGGCGACUACCGAUCAUUUUCCAGUCGCGAAAAUGACAUUCAAUACCUCGCGCAUGAUUGUCGAACGUUCUAUGUAUUUCAUUCCAAAAGAACUGAACGUCAACAAUGCGGCGGCCUUCUGGCACAUUUUCCGAAAUACGUCCCACAUCUACAUGUCCGACGUCUACGACGAGAUUGUCGUCGCUAUUGUCCAGGACGUUUUGUACAGUGGGUCUUUCACUUGUACAUUCGCAUUGUACAACGACAGUUUCAUCGUUUUUGCGAAGGGCGUUUUCUGAUAAGAUGCGCCCCACAUCGUUAUUUUCGCGAAGGGCGUUUUCUGAUAAGAUGCGCCCCACAUCUUUUACAUUAUUUGGGAGAAAUGAAGGAUUUUUAUCAGACAUAUCUGUCUGACUAUCGUCCUUUAUAGUUUUCCCAAAAGAUUUUAGUGGUACAUUAUAUUUUUCUUCGAAAACUACAGCAGCGUCAAUCUUCAUUGUCGACAAUUGCCGUUGUUUCUGUCGCCUGCAAGGUAGAACGCAUAAAAUUAUAAAUAUUUAUAGGAUAAUUCAUACAAAUUACUGAAAUGUAUAAAUCUGAAACACGUACAGUUUUCUGUAACCACUUUUCAGGGAGAGUUUUCUCUCUACACGCAAUCCUUUACGAAUACUACCUUUUUGAUUUCCCAUUUGUGUUUAUUUUUUUCACAAAUGCUUGGAGAUUUUCUAAAUAAUAUGUCUUCUACGUUACCGUGAAGACGUCUUAUUGUUAGAAAGAAUUAGAUGACAACGCGGGCCAUGGCAACGCGCUUCGUAGAUGUGAAACAAAAACGAAACGCUAACGCUGUCGCGUUUUCUAAUUUCACUGGCAUCGACAGUUCAACGAAUGCUACCAAGGAGAGAACAGGGUAAUGGAAUCGAAGAUGGAGAAAACCGACAAUGUUGAAGAUAAAAAAGCAGAAGACGUGGAGCCGCUGUUGCUGCUGCAACAGCAAGUGCAGCAGCUGCAGUUGCAACCGCAACAGCUGUUACAGCAACAAUCGUUGCAGAUGCAACAAAACCAAACGGAGCUUGCUACCCUGCGGCAGCAAGUACAGGAAUUGGGCGAACGGCAACAUGCUGGGCUUAUCCCGCAGCCACAGCACCAGCCAAAGCACCAGCCGCCGCACCAGUCGCCGCACCAGCCGCAACACCAGCCGACGCAUCCAACGUAUCACUCCCCAUUAGCCGGGCUCUACGGGCCGGAACAACCAACCGCAUACAGGUCAGAACAGCGGCUGUUCCGGCAACGCCGCAGAGAGGCGAGGCGGCUGUGGCGGCAAGUAACGUGCCGUGACUGUUGCGGCAGCUGUAGUUGCUGCUGCGGGCGGCACACUUGAAGUGAGUACGACGAUAAUAUCUGUAUAAGUAAUAAUGACAAAGAUAAUAUAAAAAUAUGACUUGUUUGA